UUUAUCAUUGACCAUUGUCGACUCAUUGCCAGGUGCUUCUUGAUUGAAAAGGAUGGUGGGGUUCCCACUUUCUACAAUACAACCUACUUAGGUACGUUUUACUACAAACAAGUUGUUCUAUAAAAGAACGACAUGGGACAAUAGUACCUCGUAUGGUCUACGCCUGCCAUUGCUUGGGUAAGUAGAAGGAAGGUACAUGAUGAAAAACUAUAUGGAAUAAGACAGCACCUACCAUAUCAGCAAGCAUAACUGCCAUAUCUAGGUCUCUCUAUCAGGUAUCUCCGCGCCGAUCUGUUCUGGCAAAAACAUCCAUACAAAUAAUACCUAUUCGCAUUCCCUUGCCCUACAACCUCCUACGAUAUUGUACGGUACGAUUUCUCACCGCGCAAUUCCCGUGAGAGCCAACCAGCCAGCCAAGAACCAACACAACUAUCUAUUACCCCUCAGCUACCUAUCGGGUCGCAUUAUUUUGUCCUAGUAAAUCUCGAAUUCGAUCUCCAACUUAAACUCAAACUCGAAUCGCUUUAUUUUCUUCGUUAUCACCAUGUCUGCCGCCGAAGUGGAAGUGGCCGAGCACAUCAUCCACAUGGAUGACGAUAAAACGAGCCACGAGACGAACGGCAAAGCGCCACCUCGCAAGCGCAGAAGGAUUGUCAUAAGUUGUACAGAAUGUCACAGGAGGAAGCAAAAGUGCGACCGUAAGAUGCCAUGUACGAAUUGCGUGUCGCGAAAUAAAGAAGCAUCCUGUAGAUACGAAACUGGAACACCGCUUGCAAAGCCCGAUCGUAAAGGAUCCUCUCAGAGCGGCAAUGAGCGAUCGCCCGAGUCAAUCGAAAACCUACCUAUCAAAUCCGCAGAUUUCGGUUACUCCCAUAAUAGCGCCUCUACUCUUGGAAUAUUGCGCAAGAUCGAAGGUGAUGGAGAGAGGUUGCCAGGAAUGCCUAUGGAAACCUUUGACGGGGCUAAUUUUGGCAUGCGCGAGCGAUACAAGACAUUGAUUCGCCAGUUACCGGCAAGAACAUAUGUCGAACAGCUAGCAGACCUCUAUUUCCAGGACAUCAAUUGGCAGUACUUUAGCAUUGACGAGCCUGUCUUUCGAAGACUGAUGGAGCAGUGGUAUAGUAUGCCAUUUAACGUCCUUUCAACAUCUGGUCCUCAAGCCUUAGAUCCUAUGUUGAGGUCCUUCCCCGCCCUCUUGUUCCAGAUGCUAGCUUCGUCUCUUCUCUACCUUCCUGAAGGAACCGAGGAGACGUUUGAGUCGUUGAAAUAUACGAGCAAUAUGACUUUCGAAGACUUGGCAUUCGAUUAUAGUGAAUCCGGCGUUUCCAUAUUAUCGCUCCUAGGCAAGCGUCAGAUGUCUAUCAUAACUGUGUUAUCCGGUUGGGUGAGGGCUGCUUUCCUCAAAUAUACCGGCAUGGUUACUGAGGCUUGGCACCAAGUCGGAACUAGCAUCCGAGACGCACAGGAAAUUGGCCUUCACCGAGACCAGAUGGAUCCACAACCAAGCCCAGAGGAUUCAACGGAGGAGGCUUUAGAAAAGAUGUGGAUGGCACAGAGCCGACGGAGAGUUUGGAUGACUCUUCUCGGCUGGGACUUGCACACUGGUGCUGUCCUCGGUAGACCUACGAGCGUAGAUUUCCGUUUAGUCAGUCGUAGUCUACCGGUCGAUUCGCUCAUCCCCAAGGAUACAAGGAAAUCGCCCAUAAUGCAGCGUGGUGAAAAUGACCCGCCCACGCCGCUGACACGAGCCCUGUGGUCCUGGGAGGUUAUGCGUCCGCUGCGAGAUAUUCUUGACUUGGAGAAAGAAGGGCCGUUUCCAAAGGAUUUCUCGAAAGUCGAAAAAAUACAUCAAGAGUUGCUAGAUCUUCAAGCCAGAACUCCGCCGCCCUUCCGUCUGCAGAACCCAGACACGCGAUUUGAUGAGCUUCCGGAUUGCAGGUGGUUGCCGUUCGUGCGGCCGACCCUACCUCAACUUAUCUCUUUUAACAUCAUGGCUCUCCAUCGCCCGUAUGUUUUCACCCGAGUUACUAGUCGCCACGAGGCCCUCAAAGCAAGUUUAGACAUGCUAGAGGCCCAGAAGACAUAUUUUUCUCUAUUGAAGCCGCAACAACAUAAAACCUUUACUCUCUUCUUUGGAACGUUCGAUGCCGUGAUAAUGAUAGCAUCUAUCUAUAUCUUAUUCCCGAGGGAGCAUGCGGAGCUGUUGGCAACGGUGCGACAACAUUUUGAAUGGGCAAUCGAACGCUUCGAGAAGAUGGCUAACCGGAAUCGGCUCGCACAAGCCGCACUGGGGGUUCUGCAUGCCAUUUAUAUCCGCUUUAAGAAGGCUGUCGGGUAUAGCUGCAAAGCAACCAGCGAAGUAGGUGGCAGCACUACAAGCUGUAGUGGAGCAUCUGGAAGUUGUUCCGAUAUGCAGACUCCUAGUUCUUUGUCAGAGCCUUCCUCUCAGAAUCAAAGUAGUGUAUCGAAUAAUACCGCCCCGUCGACAUUGCCCACGUCGACGGACCGAGGCAGAAGUGUCAGCUCAAGUGCAGGACUGACACCUGCCUCCGGGGUUGAGAAUAACGUGUUUGCGGGUACGGAUUGGUCGUUCCCAACGGAUUUUGAUUUCAGUUCGAUCAUGCCUAUAUAUCCCAUAGGGGAUAUCGCAUAUAACGAAUUAACGGCCGUUCCCGGUGGCGAUAUAACAUCAACGACCUGGCCGGAGACUUUCCCAGGGACGACGGCAGCAGCAGCUAGUAGUAGUGGACUUGCUGCUAGCAUACCUUCCAGCUCUGCAGGGGAAGAACAGCCAGCGCAAUGGCAAUUUGGCGGCGAGUUCGGUAAUGACACGCUUUGGAAUAUAUUAAAUCAAUUUCCUACUUACUGAUUGAGCUGGUCGGCGAUUUAACGUUGGAUGUAUGAACGAUAUACGAGAGACAAAUACCUAGGCAGGAAGCUGAGCAUUCUUUUUUCUAAGUAAAUAAACGAUUCAGGGUGGAAUGUCCCAACUCCUGGUAUUUUUACUCAAAAUGGGGAAAUAGAAUAUUGUGCCAAAGUAAUAGUUGUAAAUGCGU